UUUGAAGGCGAUAGGAAAGUUUUAAAUUUAUUUAUAAAAAAAUGUGAGUACAUCUUAAAUUGUUAUCGAGACGCGCAAGUUAGCCCGGCUCAAGAAUUGUAUUUAUUCCAUAGUAUAACUAGCAGACUUACAGGCCGUGCAGCAGCCUUGUUAAGUGAACGAGACGAUAUAUGUACAUGGGAAGAUCUAAAACAUGUAUUAACUCAGCAUUUUGGAGAUCCGCGUUCGGAACAUUGUAUCGCGAUCGAAUUAGAUACGCUGAAGUUAAAACCCAACGAAAGUUUUACGGAAUUUUGCCAUAGAAUACAGAACGUUCGUAGUGCAUUGUUUUCGAAAGUAAAUUUAAUAGAAGACCAAGGUAUUAAAGCAGCAAAAAUGAUAAUUUAUAACAACUCCGCGUUAAAUACUUUUCUGUAUAAUUUACCAGAAGAUAUGAUACGUAUUAUCCGGUUAAAAGGAUGCCUCACUUUGAAGGAUGCCUUAGCGGUCGUCACUGAGGAGGAAAACUUCCAAUUACAAUAUAAUUAAAAAAAAAAUCAAAAUGUAUUGCACCUAAACCCUUACAAAGUAUUCCGCAAUUUAAACAAAAUUUUUCACCUAAUCUUCUGCCUAAUAUGAAUAACAAUUUCAAGAUUAAUAAUUUUAAACCAUUGCAUAACCCUAAUCAAAACUUCAAAUUCGGUAUUCCUUAUAACAUGCAAAAACCUAUACAAAAUAAUUUUAAAUUCGGAAUUCCAAAUCAGCAUACAAACCGAUAUCCAAAUCAACGUCCAAAUUAUCCGAGUCAUCAAUUCAAUAGACCUGAAUACAAAUCCACAUUUUAACUACCCAAACACGCAAAAUAGACCAUUUUCUUAUUUUCGGAAUCCGGUAAAUAACCAAUUUAAGUUCGGAAUCCCAAGUACCUCACAAGCGCCGCGUCCUCAACAAAACACGGAUGUUUCAAUGCGCACCGUGGCACCUAUAAGACAAAACAUGCUGAAUGAUUCAGAAGAAACAAGUGAACAUUUAAACGAGUUCCCCUCACCUUUUUACGAUACAAAUAAUCAAGGAAAUGAGGAGUUAUUCUAUGAAAAUCCUUACGAAAUGAACGAGUUACAGUACGAUUCAGAUUUUCCCCAAUUUCAAUACGAUGACCAAAAUUUUCCGAUAAUAGCCUCCGAUACAGAGAGCGUGAAAUAGUACAAAUAAAUUAUAACUCAACUAUGCGUUUGCCACACAUAGAAUUACCUGAAUUAAAUGCAAAAUUUUUAAUCAAUACCGGAAGUACCCGUUCCUUUGUUAGCCCGGAACUGGUCAAUAAAUUCUUUUUAAAUUAUAAAUUCUAUGAGCCCUUCGAAGUUAUAAGUACACACACACGCAGUACACAUAAUGAAGUAAUAGAAAUUCCUAUGUUAAAAACAUUUAAAACCCCCGGAAUACAUAAGUUUUAUGUCUAUACGGUAGAUAAAAAGUAUGACGGUUUAAUUGGUAGUGACCUGCUAAUUCAACUAAAUGCGAAUAUAGACAUGAAAAAUAAAUUACUAAAAACUCAAAAUACAGAAAUCCCUAUUUUAUACCAACCUCCGUACGAGAUUCGUUUGCCGCCCCGAUCUGAAACUCGAGUGAAAAUACCGACCAAUCAAACAAAAGGAGACGCACUUUUAAACUUCAAAGACUUCGGUAAAGGCGUACGUAUGCCUAGUGCUUUGAUAACCUGUAAGGAAGGUUUUGCGGAAACUAUCCUUCAAAAUACCUCUGCCGAAUAUAUAAUUAUAUCAAUAAAUAAACCAUUUACUGUAGAACAAUUCACUCCAACCUCUAUACCUGUCAAUCGUGUUAGUUACAAAAAUGGAAAACAAAAUAUCGUAGCGGAUGCCUUGUCCAGAAUUAAAGUAAAUGCUAUGGAAAAUAUGCUAAUAGUUCCAAUCGUUCGCGAAGCUCUCAUUCAAGUUCCUCAGAUACAGAAAAGCCAAUAAGUUUAACGUCGAAUUCUAAUAAGACAAAUGAGCAGUCUGGUAGAAAAUCACCCUAUUCAAUUCCUACCUCUAGCACAGGUACUACUAUUUCAGCCCCCGAAACCCCUAGAAAUCCUCAUUCUGAUACAAUACAUUCCGCUCAGGACAUCGAAACAGAUGGUAUACCUAUAUUGAACGAAGCCAUAGAUACUAAAUCGAACCAGAUUCUUAUAUUUACUUGGAAUAAAAAUGAGAUAUUAGUCAAAAAUCUGUCUAGACCCAAACAACGAAUAUUAGAAAUACAUUUACCUACUAAUAGACCUGAUUUGGUAAGAUCAUUUUUAAAAGAAUAUACAAAACCUAAGGUAAAACAUUUCCUUUACUUUGAACACGAUACUCAUAGAACUCAGUUCGUAAAUGCAGUCAUAUCUCUAUUUAAAAAGGGUACAGUUCAAUUUUUUGAAUGCACUCAACGUGUCAUUUUUGUAGAAAACGAAGCCGAACAACGCGAAAUUAUUAUUAAAUAUCAUACAGGAAAAACUUGCCUAUAAAGGAAGGUCAAGCUGUCAUUAGUACAGACAAAUGGACUGUCAUCGAACAUUAGAUUUAAUUAUCAUUGCCGACGAACUACAAUCCAAUAAUAUUAAUAAGUAGUUAGAAUUUAAAAAUUAUGUUUCUAAAAUUAAGUUAAAUACUUAGUUCUAUAGAAUUUUAUGAUUGGUAAUUUAGAUAACGAUGACACAUUGCGAUACGAACAAAUGAUAAAAUAGUAAAAAAAAGGUUACUAAAAUCUCCGAAAUGUUGGGUAAAACCGAUAAAUUUGUGUUUCCUGCUAAAUAAUAAAACUUAGAAAUAUUGUCAAAAUAUAACCUACAAUAGAAUUACAGGCUGCUUAUAAGAACCAGCAAAUAACGUUCGUAAUGCGUAAUUAAUAAACAUAAUGUAUCCCUUUGGUAACUCCCGAUAGUAUAACUAUUAUUAAGUUUUACCCUUACCUGUGUUAAACCCUUACAACAUUACUACCCUUAUCCCACCUAAAUAUCCUUACCUACUUGUGAAAGAGGUUAAAACCUAGUCGCUUGCUCGCCCUUGUCAAGAAAUAGAUCAGAACCUGUAUCUUUGAUAUUGAGGACAUCUGCGUCACCAGUUUAAUAAAAUUUGAAACAAACUCUAGUACCUGCCAUCCAGUUCCGGUGGAAAUCAAAAUACUCCAAUUCAGACCCAUCUAUGAAAAUCGUUGGAUGAUUUACUCCAACAAGCCAGUUAUUUUAAAAAGAAACCUGCAAAGGUGAAAUAACACGCGAACACCUGUUCGGUACCUACCUGUUGAAAAUCGACAAAAAACAAAAAAAACCGCCGAGUUUCAGUUCAAGACGUCCGACUAAGGAAACGGCACACUGAUGCACAGGAAUUAAGAUUUCACAAAUCUAUCAGACUUACUUUACCUGAAUUACCACAAUUAGUUCCCUCCUCCCCCUCGGAUGACAAACCCGUGAAUCUGGAAAACAUCGACAUGGAAAACCUGCAACUGCUGUCAAUGCAUUACGAAAAAAUAGUGAAAGUGAAGUGUUUAACCCUGAAAGUGUCACAGUGAACAGUGUAAGCGUUUGGACCCUCUUUUUGUACUUUAUUGUAAUUCUGCUUAUUAUUAGUAUACCCAUCUUUUGUAUUCAUUAGAAAUAAGAAAUGUUUUGUAUGUAAAAAAAAAAAAUGCACGAAAUUGUCAAAAGCCAAUUCCUUCCGACAAUUUCGAACUUAAGGAGGGAAGUGUUAUGGGUGAUCAAUCCACACCAUUACCGUAAUUCAUAGAAUGUCAAUAAUAUUAGUUCGUCACUAUUAAGAGGAAUCUCAAUAAACACAAGUGGCCCUUAAGGCAAUACAUUUUAAAAUUCGCUAAUUGAAAAUAACAAUCCUCACUAUCGAUUGGUGUUAAUUGAUAUUCUAAGCAUCUCUAAGAAUUUCGAGAUAACAGCAGACCACUUCAAAUAAUAUAAACAUUCCCACGAACGAAGCCCUUUUCGGGAGUGACGUCACAUAAUCAUGACCCUUAAAUAGCAAAGGCACAAUGAUCCUACAACUCAUUCGCCUCCCGCAUCGAGCGAAGGUUCACUUGGUCUAUCAUAGACUAUUUAGUUUAAUUUAAUUUAGUUUAAUUUGAUAAGUUAAAUAUUGUAAUGUUUUACAAGUAAACUUUACAACAAAUUUAUAUUUUUUAAUAAGCUCCAUUACCGAAACCUGACUACCUAUCGGGUGAUACCUGUCAACCGAUUUUAUUUAUGCCAACAAUUUGAUAUCAAUUUGUCAAUGUAAGUAUCAA